AUGAAGGAGGGUACGUUCCUUAAGAAGGUCUUUAUUUGCUUCUGCGUGUGGCUUGUUCCUAUUGCUACCGGCGCCGCGGCGGCUGGGAUUGGUGUUAUGGAGCCCGUCAGCGGGAACUGGUGCUGGAUAACGCGAGACCGACCCGACCUUAGAUUCUCUCUUACCUACGUCUGGCGUCUAUUGAUCAUGUUCGCCACGAUUUACAUCUACGCUUACAUCUGGCGGUAUCUCGGCCGACGUCUUCGCCCCAGCGCCAAGACGCCUGAUCUCUUGCAGAGGACCGACGCCUCGGUCGACACGUCGGCUGCCGUGCCACCACACAACAGAAUACAGUUCGUUCAGGGCCUCAAGAGGGUCGCAAUCGGCAAGUUGUACCAACGCCGUCGCUCAGCAACAACAUCAGUGGACUAG